CAUCCUUAGAGGCCUUAUAGGUAUUUCCGUCUCACUUUCGUGUUUCAUAACCUUAAUUCUUCGGUGACUAGUGUGGCUAGUACGGUGUUUCGAGGCUAAAACUAUAAAAGAAGUUUUGUGAAAUCAUUAUUAAUCAUCGCUACAUUUCACCGUUAUUUUUUUAUGAUUACGAUUUGAAUACUGAAACAAAAUUUGUAGUUAAAGUGUAUGUACAAUUCCAAGACAUAAUAUAACCUAUAAAGUGAUGGUUGAAUUGAUGUGUAUGUGAAUGCAUAAUAACAACUAACAUUAAUAGACAUUGAUUACAUAUUUCUCUGUAGUGUCGAUAUUUUUUAAAUUGAAACGAUGUUCACAAAUUAGUUUGUGAUAUUUAAGUGAAGAACUUAUGAUAUUUUAGUGAAGUGGAGAACAACAUAAUCUGUAAGAAGUAUGUUCGCUAAUAUUCGACAGAGGCUGCUGAUUAAUACAGUAGUCAAAUGUGGCAAGCAGAAGAGAUACAGUAUAUCAGCAGUCAGCGAAGUUAAAAAUGAAACCGAAGUUGCGGUAGAACCGAUAUACCCACCCAUUCAAGAUAUAAGCUGGAAAGCCGAGUGGAAAAGGAAGAGACAAGCUUGGCAUGACAAAAUCAAGGGCUUAGAAACCGUGGAGGAGAAGCUAUUUGAGAUCAACAUGCCACGUUAUUACGGCUGGAAGUCGCUGAUCCUACAGGAACAUACAAUACCAUACGAUUCUUUGUCGCAUGCACAAUAUUAUACAAGAACACAUAUCGUCAAGGAAUCUGGUCUCCCAGCAUACUACAACAGUGUAACUUCCAAUGAACAAUUAGAAAGGAUGGUACAAGCAAUCAAGAGCGACAUAGAAGAUAAUAUAAUUUUUGAAUAUUGUAUCAGAAGAAGAGAACAUGAGAUGGAAGCAGAUAAAAUUCCAUUGGAUGAAAACAUUACGGCUGUUGACAGAAAAAUUCAGAUGGAGGAUGUUAUAUCUAAAGCGUUAAUUCACAGAAUUAAUAGAACAAUGCUAAUACAUUUCGCCUCUGAAAAUCCACAUUUAUUUAACGCUGAAAUUGAUUUUGAACCGAGAUUAGAAGCAUCUUGGUUUAUGGGUGGUUUAAAUCCCCCUAAUUUUGUGAAAAAUUUCAGAAAAAUUGUUCCAUUUCUGAAAGAUUAUGUUGAUGAUUCGGUAAAUUUGCCUGUUUAUUAUACUGGCAAGCCUGUCGUGCAUUUGAGAUAUAAGCAUCCUCUGAGAGAGAUCAUGCCCUUAAGCGAUUGCGAAAACUCAGCUUUGGACGUACCUUCGUUCAAAAUGAAUCCCAAAGUGUUGAAUUAUUUUCUUGAAAAGAAACACCUGACUAAUAUACCGGGAUUUUGGCCUGGCGAUGAAAGCGAAUUCGGAUUUUUAUCGUAUCAUAACUGCACGUACUUGCACAGAAGAGAAAACUAUAAUGAUACGCCUACUGCACUCACAGUACAGGCUGUAUUAGCAUCUUACAGCUGGUUAUUAUCGCAGGCCUGUUAUCAAGGUUUCUCUACUUUUAACGAUAUUACAUAUCCAUUAACCACUCAGACGGUUAUAACGAAUGGACAAUGGUGGUCGUUUUUCGUUUAUCAACUUAAUACCACUUUAGUGCAUUCUGAGUAUGCGGAUGAAAAUCCGAAGCGCAACAUAUGUUGGGUUACAGAACCGAUGAAAUUAUUUGAUAAAAUAGAAGACGAGAAAGUUCACGGUUUAAAUGAAGAAGUUCUUAAAAAUUUAAUUAAAUUUUACAUGAAUGUUCCUGAGGAAAGAGUGGGCGUAAACUUAAAACCAUAUUUAGGGAAAACUGUGAAAGUAAUAGCCGACAUAGAACACGAUGAAAGAAGAAAUUGGCUCGAAAAACAUUAUAAGCAUCUAGUGACCAACAGGCCAAGGCAUAGACGAAUACCGGAAAUAUAUGAUUGGCAAAAGAUAUAUAAGAUUUUACAUAAAACUCGUCCGAUGGAUAAGAAACGAGAACCUUGGGAACACGGCAUUAGAAUGUACAAACGUAGAUUAGAUGAUCAUCAACCACCUUAUAUACCAAGAUUUUUACGAGACAGGAGUUCUAAAAAGAGAGGUAAAGGGCGAUGGGCGAAAACAUAUUACCCAUAAUUUAAAGCAUGUAUAAUUUUCAUGUUGAAUAUAUAAAUAUAACAGUGAUUGGAAACGAUAAAA